UCAUGGUAGCAGCAGGACAGCUCUGCUAUAUAAGGUCCUCCUCUUCUGCGUCCUGAGCCACAGCGACAAAGGGUGUUUAAACCUCUGCUUUACUUGUAGAAGGAACGAAGAUCAAACCCUGAGCCAUCGGACUUGGUAGACUUUUUACCCUGCGUUUUUUUUCUUAUUUGCUCUUCUCUGGAAGAUGGAGAAUCUCUCAGCUAAAGCUGUUUUAUUUUUCUUAAUGACUGCACAGAGCUUUGCACCGACCUGGGCUCAGGUAUGUCCUCGGAGAUGCCACUGUCCAGAGGAGGUCCCUAUGUGCCUCCCAGGGGUGUCCCUGGUGCUGGAUGACUGUGCCUGCUGUCUAGUUUGUGCAGGUCAAAAGGGCCAAGCCUGCUCUGAGAUGAAACCCUGCGACACUCGUAAAGGACUACAGUGUGAUUACUCCGUAGAUGUUCACAAGAGGACUGGUAUCUGUGCAGUCAGUGUGGGUAAUGUUUGUGUCCUGGAUGGUUUAGCCUAUCAGCAUGGCCAGAUAUUCUUCCCCAGCUGUAAAUACCAGUGUGUGUGCCAGAAUGGUCAGAUAGCCUGUAUCCCUCGCUGCAGCCUGGAUGUCAUGCUUCCUGGGCCUGACUGCCCAAUGCCACGAAAGGUCCAGGUGCCUGGAGAAUGCUGCGAGAAAUGGGUGUGUGAACCCCAGACUAAAACCAGCGCACUGGGUGGCUUUGCCAUGGCUGCCUACCGUCAAGAAGAAGUUCGCAGCUUUGACGGCUGGGACCCAAGAAUGAACUGCAUCGAACAAACCACAGAGUGGGGGGCCUGCUCUAAAACAUGUGGUAUGGGGGUGUCCACCAGGGUUACAAACAAGAAUGAUCGCUGUGAGAUGGUGAAACAGAGUCGGCUCUGUAUGAUCAGACCCUGUGAGGACCCGCAAGGGCAGGCCACUCAUGUUUCACUAACGAGAGGAAGCAUAUGCCAGAGAGUUGUAAGGAGUGAAAAAGCUGUUCAUCUUUCCCAUAAUAACUGCACCAGCAUCCUGUCCUACAAGCCUCGCUACUGCGGCUCUUGCACAAAUGGCCGCUGUUGCACCCCCCACAGGACCAAGACUUCUCUAGUGGAUUUCCAGUGUUCAGACGGUAAAACAAUUCGCAAGCCAGUCAUGGCGAUCCUGACCUGUGUCUGCCACACCCAUUGCCCCAGAGACAAUGCUUCGUGGGAGCCAUCACAGCUCCAACAUGGUGGCGUGAGAGUAUGAAGUGUCCAGAUUGCAGUUCCAGACUCAAAACUAUCUCAGACAAACCUUUUUAUCCAAACUAUGUGCUGCAUGGAGUCCAGGUAAUUAGUAUAGAGUACAAAGAUUUAGGAUGCGCAUAAAAAAAUUAAUUAUUGCCAGGAUAUGAGAAAAAGCUUAAAGUCUUAUGACUGCCGGACCAGUAUGUUUCCCCUAGCCAACUUUAAAACAAUUACAUCUCUUACAAAAUGUAGAAUUUUUUUGCUGUUUUUAUUUCUCUUUUAAUGCACAGAACAACAGCGCAAUAAUCAGUUGAAAAGGGACAAUUUUUAUGACUGUAAAAAGUGACUAACAAUAGCAAACUUAAUUAAUAUACAUUGCUUUUCCUGACAUACCACUUUAAGCAUUUUACCCUUAUCCAGUGGCACUUACAAGGGGCCAAGUGCCCUACAUAGGGGCAUCUAAAUACAUGGCAGAAAAAAAUUAGAAUCAAACUUCCAUCCUGAUUACUUUUAAACCAUCACCUUUUGGAUGCAUUUUAGAGAAAUGCACCACAUCAAAUGAUUAAGAUAAAAAAAUUCAGAAGAGAGAUUGCUGGUGCCCUGGUGACUGGUGGUUUAACUGGGAGGGGCACUACAAAUGAACAUGUUGCUAUCUCGGGCAGGUUCUGUCAAAAAUGUGUCAAAACAGUGUCCUUUCUGGCAAUGUGGCAAUAAGAAUAAUUGUAUUGAUGCCAAAAAGAUCCCAACAGAUUUUACUUUCACAGGAGGAGCAGUGCGGCUAUUGCCAUAGUGUUCUGUUUGAUUUAUGCAUAUAAAUAGCUUUAUUAUAAUUCAUCCAGGGAGUGUUACAGAUCAUAUGGACACUGCAAUGUAAGUGGAAAAGGAAAGGAAAAACUGAAAAAUAAGGAGAAAAGAUGAAAGCAAGAGGAGAUU